AUGACCGAGGAAGUAAAUUUAGCUGGUUCCACUCAAAAUCUAAUCACUGGAUCCAAUCUUCCUCCCGUAAAGAAGAAGAGAAAUAUCCCAGGCAACCCAGAUCCUGAAGCUGAAGUCAUAGCCUUGUCUCCAAAGACUCUAACGGCCACCAACAGAUUCUUGUGUGAAACAUGUGGGAAGGGUUUUCAGAGGGAUCAAAACUUGCAACUCCACAGAAGAGGGCACAACUUGCCAUGGAAGCUGAAGCAAAGAACAAGCAAGGAAGUGAGAAAGCGUGUUUUUGUGUGCCCGGAAAAGACCUGCAUCCACCACCACCCCUCGAGGGCUCUGGGAGACCUAACUGGCAUCAAGAAGCACUUUUGUAGAAAGCACGGGGAGAAGAAAUGGAAGUGUGAGAAGUGUUCUAAACGAUAUGCAGUGCAUUCGGAUUGUAAGGCUCACUCGAAGACUUGUGGCACUAGGGAAUACAAAUGUCACUGUGGUACUAUAUUUUCAAGGAGUGACAGCUUCGAAACGCAUAGGGAGUUUUGCGAUGCCUUGGCAGAAGAAACAGAAAGAGUUACAGGGACAUCUCACAUUAACAACCAUGCAGCAGGCAAUAUUAAUCAUCAUUUCAUAGGAGCACCAUUAGGGCCUAACAUGGUGCAAAACUUCUCUUCCAUUCUCAAGCCAAUCUCAAACAGUGACCAAAAUAUGGAUAAAACGAGAAGUGGUCUAUUACACUGGAUUGGCCAGAGUCCCCAGGGCCAAGAAUCCACAUCCAGAAAUUUUCAAGAGAUGCAUCAAAUGGGACUUCCUAUGAGUUCAGAAGCAUUAAAUUAUUUUCCUGAUCCUUUUGAUAUUAAUUCUUGUUCGAACUACCCACCAUCAAGUUAUCAGUUAAAUUGGGAUUUGGGGAAUAAGCUUUCGUCAAAUGGAGCUGAAGAUUUAACAAAAAUUUCAUCACUCCCUUUGAAUAAUAUUGAAGAUGUUAGCAGCCCAUCAUUAUUCAGCUGCCAACACCAAAUUUACGAGCCAUCUUUCGCCAACAUGUCAGCAACAACUUUAUUGCAGAAAGCUGCUCAAAUAGGAGCCACGACAAAUGGCCCUUCGUCAAUCCUAGAAAACUUUGAGUUUAAGUACAGUGAUAAUAAUACAAUCCAAAAUGAAAACAAAUUCUAUGGAGAACUGUAUGGUACAAAUCCAGUAACUUCUGGCAUUGGGAGUGAGGCAGAGAGUUCAGUUAGUGAUUUUUCUGGCCUAAAUCAGCUUCAAAUGUAUCCUCCUUUGAAGCGUCGACGUGUAGAGAACGACAAGAUCACAAGGGGCGAAACAAGGGAUUUCCUUGGUGUUGGGAUAGAGUCCAUUUGCCAUCCAUCAUCAGUCAAAGGAUGGAUAUGA